AAUAUCGUCAUAUUUUUUAGAUGCACCGCGGGAACCAGGACCCACUGUACGCGUAAUCUUCAGCCUCCUAAACGAUUGUGAGAGUUUUGCUGACGUUUCUAGAAGUGUGUAUGUGUGUAAAGAGAGAUUUCCCUAUCGUGAGGGGGCGGGGUCUUGACUAGCUAACCCCCCUUGCCUAGAGCACACGGACGACUGAGAGAGGGAGGGGCCACGAGAUGGCUGCCAGGCCGUCAACUUUCUUCACAGUUGGAGAUAUUCGCCCAGCGGAAGACUCUGAUUUUGAACACUUCAUAGAGUUGAUCGACGGUGGCGGUUGGACGAAGAAGGUGGACAAGAAUGGGCUAUUGGCAUGGACGCGUAGCGUGGAGGAUUCGUCGUUAAAAAUGUUCAAGUUUCAUACAGUGUUCAAGGACGUGUCAGCUGGUACAGCCUUUGAUGUGUUGAUGGAUCAAGACUACAGGCCUAAUUGGGAUGAUGCCUCAAUAAAGGAUUUUGACAUAUGCAAGUUAGAUGGCUACAAUGACAUUGGUUACUAUGCCAGUAAGUCUAAUUGUUUGUGUUUUUACAUAAGAUUAUGAGUGAUCAAUCAACAGGAGUGCACGGACCAGACUUCCGGUCAAGCACAAAAUCACUCCACGUGAUGCAUGCUCAUUAAAUUAAGGCCACGCCCACUCAUUCAAGCGCAUUCUACGUACUUCACGUAUCUCACCGUACCGGAUGACUCCAUAGGGUUACUCCAGAUUCGGUAUCUCUCUUGCGUUUGUGUUGCGUUUGAUGUUCCAAAGUAAAAGGAAAAAAGCAGUGCUGGUCAGGUAAAGGUCUA